CAGCAGGAAUCAGACUGUGAGGAAAGGGAGGGCUUUGCCACUUUGCCAAGGGCUAACACACACACAGGGCUUAUAGCAGUUAUUUCCUAAGAAAACCUCUACAGAACCUGCCGUGAUCUCGAAAAAAAAUCACGUUUUGAGAUUUUAAUCAGUUUGGUUUUGGAAUUCAGAAUUCACAAAGGAUCGUUUCAGAGAUAAGAUUUAAUAUGGAAAAACAAUCCGGGCUUCAGGAGCAACUGCUGUGAGACAGACACACACACACACACACACAAACACACACACACACACACACACACUAGGCUUCAGGAGCAACCGCUGUGAGACUGAGACUGAGACCGGCAGGAGAAACAGUUGAUCCAGUCUAGACCGAAACCAUGGUUCUAGUCGAAGGCCUCGUGUCAGUGUCGGGUUCUCUGUUGGCUGCGGUUCUGCUCCUCCUGCUGCUGCUGCUGUACCUGUCCCCCUCCGGACCCGACCCGAGACCCGAGGGCUGCCGUCCAGAACCUCCUGGACCCAGAGUGCUCCCCCUGCUGGGGAACCUCCUGCAGCUGGACCUCAAGAGGACCUACAGAAGCCUCUGUGAGCUGUCCAAGAAGUACGGCCCGGUCUUCACGGUGUCCUUUGGGCCCAAGAAGGUGGUGGUUCUGGCCGGGUACAAGACCGUCAAGCAGGCCCUGCAGAACCAGGCGGAGGAGUUCGCAGAUCGAGACAUCACACCUGUGUUCCACGACUUAAACCAUGGUCAUGGGAUCAUCUUCUCCAACGGAGAGAACUGGCGGGAGAUGAGGCGCUUCGCCCUGUCCAACCUCCGGGACUUCGGCAUGGGCAAGAGGGGGAGCGAGGAGAAGAUCAUCGAGGAGACGCGCCACCUGGUGGAGGUGUUGGAGAACUUCAAAGGCGGACCCUGUGACACGGCUCAGCCGCUGAACCACGCCGUCUCCAACAUCAUCUCCGCCAUCGUCUACGGCAACCGCUUCGAGUACGACGACCCGCUCUUCAGAGCCAUGGUGGACCGGGCCAAUCACAACUUCAAGCUCUCAGGCUCCGCCUCCAUGCAGGUGUAUAACCUGUUCCCCAGUAUCGGUCCCUGGGUGAAGAACCGUCGGCGUCUGGUGCAGAACAGCCGUGAGAACAUGGCGGAGAUGAAGAGCCUGAUCGCGGGCCUGCGGACCUCCCUCGACCCCUCGGACUGCAGAGGCUUCGUGGACUCCUUCCUCGUCCGCGGACAGAGCGAGAAGGAGUCGGAUCAGAGGGCGUCGCUGUUCCACGAGGAGAACCUGGUGAACUCCGUGUCCAACCUGUUCUCUGCUGGGACCGACACGACCGGAACCACCCUGCGCUGGGGCCUGCUGCUCAUGGCUAAAUACCCCCACAUCCAGGGUAAGAUCUAA